GUUAUAGCAAAAAAACAAAACAUAUUUGAAUUAAAUAUUUCAAGUUGCAUCUGACGAGUGAGCUGUGGCAGAUUUAUAAAUGCACAUAAACAUUGUUCCUCCCACUUACCAUAAACUCAAAUCUGUUGUGUGAAAAUGAAUAAGCAUAAGAAGGAUACAAGUAAUGGGUCAUUCCGGUCGCUUUUCAUGCAUGUAGAUAGUGCCGACAUGUUUCUGAUGGCUGUUGGGCUUAUCGGUGCCAUCGGCGAUGGAAUGGGGCUUCCAGUUACGCUGUUGUUCACCACCACCACGAUGAACAGCAUUGGAGGCAGUUCUUCUGUAUCAGCAGACGUCUACAUAGACAAAAUAAACAAGAAUGCUGUUUAUCUUUGUUACUUGGCUAUUGUGAAGUGUGUUGCAUGUUUUCUUGAGGGGUAUUGCUGGUCAAGAACAUCAGAAAGGCAGGCAUCAAGAUUGAGGUUGACUUAUUUGAAAGCAGUUUUAAGGCAAGACGUGGCCUAUUUUGAUUUGAAUGUUACAAGCACAGCUGAUAUCAUUACCAGUGUCUCAAGUGACAGCCUCAUCAUUCAAGAAUUCAUCAGUGAAAAGGUGCCCAUGUUUGUGGCGAAUGCGACAAGUUUUGUUGGGGCGUAUAUUGUGUCCUUUAUUUUGCUAUGGAGGCUAGCGAUUGUUGGGCUGCCAUUUAUCCUAAUUUUGGUUAUACCUGGUUUGAUUUCGGGAAGGAUUCUGUUGAGGUUAUCAAGAAAGAUUAGGGAGGAGUAUAAUAAGGCUGAUGCGGUGGCAGAACAGGCGAUUACUUCCGUAAGGACAGUUUAUUCUUUUGUUGGCGAAAAUAAGACCAUUAAAGACUACUCUGAUGCUCUCGAAGGUACAUUGAAGUUGGGUUUAAAGCAGGGGUUGGCUAAAGGACUCGCGAUUAGUAGCAAUGGUGUGACUUACGCGGUAUGGGCCUUCUUGUGUUGGUAUGGUAGUAGACAAGUGAUGUACCAUGGAGCUAGAGGAGGAACUGUGUGGUCAGUUGGAGUAGGAAUCGCCAUUGGCGGGCUGUCACUUGGUUCUGCAAUGUCUAACGUGAAGUACUUUUCCGAUGCCAUGGCUGCCAGCAAACGUAUACAAGAAGUGAUCGAAAGAGUUCCAGCUAUUGAUUCAGAGAAUAUGGAAGGGGAGGUAAUACAACAAGUCUAUGGGGAAGUUGAGUUUAAGAAUGUAAAGUUUGCAUACCCAUCAAGGCCCGAAUCGGUGAUAUUUGAAGCUUUUAACUUAAUAGUUCCGGCUAGGAAGACAGUGGCUUUGGUGGGUGGGAGUGGGUCGGGUAAAUCGACGGUGAUCGCAUUGCUGCAGAGAUUUUAUGAUCCUCAAGGAGGAGAGAUUUGUGUGGAUGGGGUGAGGAUUGAUAAGCUUCAACUAAAAUGGCUGAGAUCACAAAUGGGGUUGGUGAGUCAAGAGCCUGCUCUAUUUGCUACCACCAUAAAAGAAAACAUACUUUUUGGUAAGGAGGAUGCCACCAUGGAAGAAGUCAUUGAAGCCGCAAAAGCUUCAAAUGCCCAUAACUUCAUCUCUCAGUUGCCCCAGGCCUAUGACACUCAGGUUGGGGAAAGAGGAGUUCAAAUGUCGGGUGGGCAAAAGCAAAGAAUUGCAAUUGCUCGUGCAAUAAUCAAGUCACCUCGUAUUCUUCUGUUGGACGAGGCAACAAGUGCACUUGACUCGGAAUCCGAACGAAUUGUUCAGGAGGCACUUGACCAAGCGACAAUAGGUCGAACCACCAUCGUCAUAGCUCAUCGUCUAUCCACAAUUAGAAAUGCAGAUGUGAUAUAUGUAGUCCAAAACGGUCAUGUGGUCGAGUUUGGCUCCCAUGAUGACCUCAUUCAGCUUGAAAACGGUUUCUACACAUCACUUAUCCGCAUUCAAGAAACCAAGAAAAUCAAUGAAACCCCUAGCCCUUACCCAUCUGGCACUUCAUAUAUCUCCUCAACAUUUGAUGUCCACAACAUAAGCAGUCAUAGGCAGCCAAUGGUGAGUCGGUCAAACUCGGUAGCCUCUGUCAAUUAUACUGGAGAGGACAUGAACUUUACCUUGCAGGAUAACCAAGAAGUUCUAGUUUUGUCCUACAAAAGGCUGAUAGAAAUGAACAGUCCUGAAUGGAAGCAGGCAUUAUUUGGAAGUGUGGGUGCAACUCUAUCCGGUGCAGUCCAACCAAUAUUUUCAUUCUCAAUUGGGUCAAUGAUAUCAGUUUAUUUCUUGACAGAUCAUGAUGAGAUCAAGCAAAAAACAAUGAUUUAUACAUUAUGUAUCGUAGCUUUAGCAGUUUUCUCGAUAGUAAGCAAUGUCAUUCAACAUUACAAUUUUGCAGCCAUGGGAGAAUAUUUAACCAAGAGGGUCCGAGAAAGGGUGUUGUCAAAGAUACUCACCUUUGAAAUUGGGUGGUUUGAUCAGGAUGAAAAUUCAAGUGGAGCUAUUUGUUCGAGACUCGCUACCGAUGCCAAUAUGGUGCGAUCUUUGGUCGGUGAUCGAUGCUCACUUCUAAUUCAGACAUUGUCUACACUAACGGUUUCCUUCACAAUGGGAUUGGUGAUUGCGUGGAAACUGGCAUUGGUUCUAAUAGUGGUUCAGCCAUUGAUAAUCAUAUGCUUCUAUUACAAACACGUUAUGUUAAAGAACAUGUCACAAAAAGCCAUGAAAUCACAAGAGGAAAGCACCAAGCUUGCAUCCGAAGCUGUCUCUAAUUUGCGUACAGUCACGGCAUUCUCAUCUCAAACACGAAUCCUCAAAAUGCUUUUAGGGACCCAAAAGGCACCAAUGCGCGAAAGCAUCCGACAAGCUUGGUAUGCGGGAUUCGGGCUUGGGUUUUCUCAAAGCCUUAUUAGUUUUGUUUGGGCUCUAGGCUUUUGGUAUGGAGGGAUAUUAAUUAGUAGCGGUCAUGUUGGUGCAAAAGCAUUUUUGCAAACAUUUUUGAUAUUGGUAAACACGGGUAGGGUAAUCGCGGAAGCUGGAACCAUGACAAAUGAUCUAGCCAAAGGAUUUGAUGGAGUGCAGUCAGUAUUCACGGUAUUAGACCGUAAAACCUUGAUAGAUCCAACAAACCCUUAUGGUAUGAAGCCCGAUGUCAUUAUAGGCCAUGUAGAGAUAUGUGAUGUUCACUUUUCUUACCCUACUCGGCCUAAUAUAAGUAUCUUUAAUGGGUUUUCCAUCAGUUUCGAAGCUGGAAAGUCAACUGCUUUGGUCGGACAAAGUGGAUCGGGGAAAUCAACGAUAAUCGGGUUAAUCCAACGUUUUUACGACCCAACGAAAGGCCUUGUCAAAGUUGAUGGAAAAGAUAUAAAGUCAUACCAUUUACGAACACUAAGGAAAUUUAUCGCACUCGUGAGCCAAGACCCCAUGUUGUUCGCUAGUACUAUACGUGAAAACAUCAUAUAUGGUGUUUCCAUGGACGUUAGUGAAUCAGAGAUUGUUGCGGCUGCCAAAGUAGCCAAUGCUCAUGAUUUUAUAACGGCUUUGAAAGAUGGGUAUGAUACUUGUUGCGGUAAUCAAGGGGUUCAACUCUCUGGGGGACAAAAACAACGCAUUGCAAUAGCGCGUGCAAUAUUAAAAAGCCCCAAGAUUUUGUUACUAGAUGAAGCGACCAGUGCACUUGAUAGUCGGUCAGAAAACAUAGUGCAAGAUGCACUUGAGCGAAUGAUGGUGGGGCGGACUAGCAUAGUGGUGGCACAUCGAUUAAGUACCAUACAAAGUUGUGACACCAUUGCGGUUUUGGAAAAAGGGAAGGUGGUUGAAAAAGGGUCGCAUGGUUCAUUACUAGCGAAAGGGCCAUCUGGAGGUUACUACUCCUUGGUUAAUCCUCGAGAGCCUAAUACCAUUAACCACAUGCUAGAUGAAACAUGAUGGGAUCUCUCUUGGUAUACUGCAUGUAAGUGUUGGAAGUAACAGAAGAAUUAUAUGUAUUUUCUUUACCUUUUCAACAGAAAAAUUAUGACAUAAUCACUUGUUAUUAUACAAUAUUUAAGUUUUUAGUGUUCACACAAGUUUAUAUCACACAACUUAUGAAUAUUAUAUACA